CCCUGGCUGCUAGCUGGUGUGGUAAUCUACAAUCAAGAUAAAUAUGGAGGAAAAGCAUUGAAAAUGUUUUAGUCUAGUGUGCAAUGAGGGUCUCUUCCUCUGUGUUCAGGAAAAUAAGAUAGACAGCAUUAAAAGCCUUGAGAGAGUGUGGAUAUUUGAUUUGCUUACAAUCAAAUACAUGACCAUGGGGGAUAUGAAGACCCCAGACUUUGAUGACCUUCUUGCGGCCUUUGACAUACCAGACAUGGUAGAUCCAAAAGCAGCUAUUGAGUCUGGACACGAUGAUCACGAAAGCCACAUAAAACAAAAUGCCCAUGCAGAUGAAGAUUCUCAUGCGCCAUCAUCAUCCGAUGUUGGUGUCAGUGUCAUAGUGAAGAAUGUCCGUACCAUUGAUUCUUCUGAAGGAGUGGACAAGGACGGCCACCAUUCCACCGGCAAUGGCUUGCAUAAUGGUUUUCUAACAUCAUCAGCUCUUGAUAACUACAGUAAAGAUGAAGGGAAGUGUCUUAAAGAUGAUGGUUCAGCUUCUGAGGCUACCCUGAAAGACUCAGCUUUCAACCAGUUCAGCCCUAUCUCAAGUGCUGAAGAAUUUGAUGAUGAUGAAAAAAUCGAGGUGGAUGAUCCUCCAGAUAAAGAAGAGCUACGUGGAAAUUUCAGAGCAAAUGUCUUGACGGGAGCUGUAUCUCAGCAGGAGUAUGAGAAACUAAAGACACUUGGUGGAGAGAGCUUGAUUAAGUCUGGAAUCCCAGUCUCAAGUAAUAUAGAUAAAAGUAAAGUUGGUAAACGAGAGUCAGAGACAAACUCUAUGAAUUUAAGUGUCUAUGAGCCUUUUAAACCUCGAAAAGUAGAGGAAAAAAUGCUGAAAGACAGUUCUGAGAAGCUACUUGAAAACAGGGUGCUUGAUGGAAAGCUGAGUGCUGAAAAAAGUGAAACAAAUCUUGCCAGCAUUUCACAAUCCAAAGCAAAGUCAUCAGCAAAGCUUUCUUCAUGCAUUGCUGCAAUUGCAGCACUGAGUGCUAAAAAAGCAGCUACAGAUACCUGUAAGGAUUUACAGUCCAAUUCUGGAGAAUCUUCUCCAUUGCCAAAAGACAUGAAUGAAAGUCCCCGUGAUGUUGAAAAAUCACCCGAAUCUCAGAGUCUCAUUGAUGGUGCUAAAAAACCAUCUAUCAAACAGCCUGAUAGUCCCAGGAGUGUAUCGAGUGAGAACAGUAGCAAAGGGUCUCCUUCCUCUCCUGCGGGGUCAACACCAGCAAUUCCUAAAGUUCGUAUAAAAACCAUCAAGACUUCUUCUGGGGAGAUCAAGAGAACUGUCACCAGAGUGUUGCCUGAAGUGGACUUGGACUCUGGUAAGAAGCUCGAGCAGACAGCUUCUAUGGUGACCUCCAUGACAUCUCUGCUGUCCUCGCCAGCUUCUGCUGCUGUCCUGGCCUCCCCUCCCAGGGCUCCUCUGCAGUCUGCAGUUGUCACCAACGCCGUUGGCACUGCAGAACUUGCACCCAAGCAGGUCACUAUCAAACCUGUGGCUACCGCUUUUCUUCCGGUUUCAGCAGUUAAAACAGCCGGAUCCCAAGUUAUUAAUUUGAAGCUCGCCAACAACACUACAGUGAAGGCCACGGUGAUAUCUGCAGCGUCGGUGCAGAGUGCCAGUAGCGCCAUUAUAAAGGCUGCCAAUGCCAUACAGCAGCAGACUGUUGUGGUGCCAGCAUCGAGCCUUGCCAGUGCGAAACUCGUGCCAAAGACAGUCCAUCUUGCCAACCUUAAUCUUCUGCCUCAAGGUGCUCAAACAACCUCUGAACUCCGCCAAGUGCUAACAAAACCUCAACAACAAAUAAAGCAGGCAAUAAUUUCUGCAGCAGCCACUCAGCCUUCUAAAAAAGUGUCUCGUGUCCAGGUGGUGUCGUCUCUGCAGAGCUCGGUGGUGGAGGCGUUCAAUAAGGUGCUGAGCAGCGUCAAUCCGGUCCCGGUUUACAUCCCGAACCUCAGUCCCCCUGCCAACGCCGGCAUCACGCUGCCCACGCGGGGCUACAAGUGCUUGGAGUGCGGCGACUCGUUCGCUCUGGAGAAGAGCCUCACCCAGCACUAUGACCGCAGGAGCGUGCGCAUUGAAGUGACCUGCAAUCACUGUACAAAGAAUUUGGUUUUCUACAAUAAGUGCAGCCUUCUUUCCCAUGCUCGUGGUCACAAGGAAAAAGGAGUUGUAAUGCAGUGUUCCCACUUGAUUUUAAAACCAGUCCCAGCAGAUCAGAUGAUAGCGUCUCCUUCAAGCAAUAGUGCUGCAUCCUCUGUGCUUCAAAGCCCCGCAGGAGCUGGCACACAUACUGUGACAAAGAUACAGCCUGGCAUAACGGGGACAGUGAUAUCGGCCCCGGCAAGCACACCCAUCGCUCCCGCCAUGCCGCUGGACGAGGAUCCUUCCAAGCUUUGCAGGCACAGUCUGAAGUGUUUGGAGUGCAAUGAAGUUUUCCAAGACGAGACGUCUCUUGCUACGCAUUUCCAGCAGGCUGCAGACACAAGUGGACAAAAGACAUGCAAUAUCUGCCAGAUGCUGCUUCCUAACCAGUGCAGUUUUGCAUCACACCAGAGAAUCCAUCAGCAUAAAUCUCCAUACACGUGUCCCGAAUGUGGAGCAAUCUGCAGAUCUGUCCACUUCCAGACCCAUGUCACUAAGAACUGCCUGCAUUAUACACGAAGAGUUGGUUUUCGCUGUGUGCACUGCAAUGUCGUCUACUCUGAUGUGGCGGCUCUCAAGUCUCACAUUCAAGGUUCUCACUGUGAAGUCUUUUACAAGUGUCCUAUCUGUCCCAUGGCAUUUAAGUCUGCUCCCAGCACACAUUCCCAUGCCUACACACAACACCCGGGUAUCAAGAUAGGCGAACCAAAAAUAAUCUAUAAAUGCUCCAUGUGUGACACUGUGUUUACUCUACAACCUUUGCUCUAUCGCCACUUCGAUCAGCACAUUGAGAACCAGAAGGUCUCUGUUUUCAAGUGUCCAGACUGUUCCCUUCUAUAUGCACAGAAGCAGCUUAUGAUGGAUCAUAUAAAGUCUAUGCACGGAACGUUGAAUAGUGUUGAGGGGCCACCAAACCUGGGAAUACAUUUGCCUCUCAGUACUAAACCUACAAUGCAGAACUCAGCCAGUCACAACAAAGAGGACACAAAAUCAGUCAACGGAACAGAAAAAUUAGAGAGGAAAUUGUCUUCGCCCAUGAAGAAAGCAGAGUCUAAAAAGGUUACCAAUCCUGGCUGGACGUGCUGGGAGUGCGAUAGGCUCUUCACUCAGAGGGAUGUUUACAUCUCCCACAUGAGGAAAGAACAUGGAAAGCAAAUGAAGAAGCAUCCUUGUCGGCAAUGUGACAAGUCUUUCAGCUCGUCCCACAGUUUAUGUCGUCACAACCGUAUCAAACACAAAGGCAUUAGGAAGGUUUAUACAUGCUCGCACUGCCCCGAUUCGAGACGAACUUUCACCAAACGGUUGAUGCUGGAAAAACAUAUUCAGUUAAUGCAUGGCAUUAAAGACCCUGAUGUGAAAGAAAUGACUGAAUCAGCCAAUAUAGAAGAAAGGGAAGUAAAAGAAGAUACAAAGGUUCCCAGUCCAAAGCGCAAAUUGGAGGAGCCCAUCCUGGAGUUCAGGCCUCCGCGUGGCGCAAUCACUCAGCCACUGAAGAAGCUGAAGAUCAAUGUUUUUAAGGUGCACAAGUGUGCUGUGUGCGGCUUCACAACAGAAAACCUUCUGCAGUUUCACGAACAUAUUCCUCAGCAUAAGUCUGAUGGCUCCUCAUACCAGUGCAGGGAGUGUGGACUCUGCUAUACGUCCCACGUGUCUCUCUCCAGACAUCUCUUCAUUGUGCACAAGCUGAAGGAGCCUCAGCCAGUGUCGAAGCAGAAUGGCUCUGGGGAGGAUAAUCAGCAAGAAAACAAACCCAACCACGAGGACGAGUCGCCUGACGGCGCCGUGUCGGACCGCAGGUGCAAAGUGUGCGCAAAGACGUUCGAAACUGAAGCGGCCUUAAAUACUCACAUGAGAACACAUGGCAUGGCCUUCAUUAAGUCAAAAAGGAUGAGCUCAGCUGAAAAGUGAUGGGAUUGUUUGGGACGCAGGAAUCUCUCUCCACAUUGGAAUAAUAAUGACAUUUUUGUUACAGAAAGUUCACCGUAUAAUAGUGUUAACAGUACUGGUCAGGCUGUUGCAAUAUAUUCUGCAUAAGUGUGUCCUCUUCACCUCAUUGUCUAUAUCCUCCAAACAUCAAAGCAGUAUUUGAGUUGAAAGAGUUUGUAUAUAUUUAAACUAAUAACUUUUAUACUCUUUGUUACGUGUUUGUAUCGGUAUCUAGUGGAAAACCUGAUUUUUGUUCUCUUUCCGUUUU